AUGAAUACAAACAUAGCAUACUAUAGUGCAAUGCUAGAGACCGAGAGUCAGGGUUCACCAAUCACAAAGGAGCUUUGGCAUGAAGGAGAUAAUAGAACGCUAUCAAAGCAUGCAAAAGAUGUUCGAGCUAACAACCCCUCAGCAGAACAGAAUAUGCAGGAAACUUUUGGGGAAGGCUUAGUUUCGUGCACGGUUGAGGAACUGCAGCAGUUGGAGCGCCAAUUAGAACGAAGUGUGAACUGCAUUCGAGCAAGAAAGAUGCAAGUGUUCCAGGAACAAAUUGAAAAAUUAAAAGAAAAGGAAAAAGUCCUGGAAGCUGAAAAUGACAAGUUAUUGGAGAAGUGUGGAGCAGAGCCUCCACAGACAUCAAAAGAGAACACAGAGAUUGUGCCUUGUACAGAGAGUAGCGAAGUUUCAGAUGUGGAGACUGGGCUAUUUAUUGGACCACCGGAGAGAAGAAAUAAGCUAGUGUUGAAGAACUGACGACCUAGCCAGAUGAAGACUCUUCUCUGCAGCGAGCUGACUGCUUAUUAUGACGAUUGUUUCAAUGUCAAAUAUGAAAUAGCCUAUAGCUGCUAGACUGUGGAAAGCAAGAAUCGGAGAGCAUUAUUACGCCUCAAGAGUGAUAAACGAACCUGUGAUUGCAUUAUUGUUGUUAGUUUUAUUAAUUUUGGCAUCGUAUUCCCAAUGGAAUACGAUCAAGAAAAUCUUUCAUAGGGUCUACCCUGAGGUAUAUUAAUAUAUCUAUUUCGCCACUGAAUGGGCUUUAAAAUUUUCUCUU